AGACGGACAUGUGCGCGCUUCUCUCCCAUCAGAGGGCGGUUUUGUGUCGUUGUGUGCGCAGCGUGUGGCUGCUGCUGCUGCGGCUUCUAGUGAGAGAAGUGGCAGGUACCCCAAAAAUACCUACCAGCAAAGAUCCAACGGCUUGGAUGCGACUUUAACAGCUGAUUAACCAACAAUAAACACCGAUAUUUGUGAAUGUGGCAGCCUGUUAUGCUUUUUCAUCACCUGUUUUAAAUGAAAGCUGAGAUUGGAAACAAAAGGAGAGACUUGAAAGUACGCAGAAUUGGCUCAAGUAGAGAUGCCUAAACGGGUUCUCUCGUCGCGAUGGGGUUUGAAUUGAGAAAGACGUUGUCUCACAGAAGUCGCUGAAGUUGAAGACGCGCUCCUGACCGCUGGGAUGUUGUGAGCGACGCGUCGUUUGGGACAGAAGGAGCCAAAAACAAACAAGGCAUAAGGGGGAACCAGGCAGGGUUGAACCAGCACCCGGAGGAAUUAUGGCUCUCGUAACGUUUUCUCUCAGCCUCAUCACCCUGGCGCUUACAAACUUGCACCUUUCGAGAGCCAGCAGCCGUCAUGCGGUGUAUUGGAACAGCUCGAACCUGCAGCUUCGGAGAGAGGGGUACACUGUACAAGUCAGCGUCAACGACUACCUAGACAUCUACUGCCCACACUACAACACCAGCCAGCGUGGGACUCUGGAGCGCGUGGUGGCCGAGCAGUACAUCCUCUACAUGGUCAACUAUCGAGGCUACUACACCUGCAACCCCCAGAUGGGCGUUAAGCGCUGGGAGUGCAACCGGCCCCACGUGCCUCACACGCCCAUCAAGUUUUCUGAGAAGUUCCAGCGGUACAGCGCCUUCUCGCUGGGCUACGAGUUCACCGUGGGCCAGGAGUACUACUACAUCUCCACACCCAUCCACCACCAUGGCCACAGCUGCCUGAGACUGAGGGUCUUCGUCUGCUGCUCCACUGCCUCCCAGGGGGAUGAUGACUCCAGUCAAACUUCUCCCGACUACACAGUCAGGCCGAACAUCAAAAUACACAAUAUUGAUGAAUUUAACCCUGAAGUUCCCAAGCUGGAGAAGAGCGUGAGCGGCAGCAGCCCGUCACGCGAUCGCCUUCUCCUCACCGUGGCAACGGUGCUCGUGUCGGCCAUACUGUUGUCCUAGCGACCGUCAUGAGGAGCUUGUUGGACCGCCUUGUCCAAAGGGCUUUGUAUCCCACCAAGUUUUUUUGAAGACCUGAAAGAUAAACGACGCAAACGAAGAAUAUGUGCAACGGAUAAAAGUCAAAGACAAAGAAAAAAAGAAGUGAGGCCUUUUUGCAGUCAUAUUUACACCUGUAUCACAUGAAAACUACAAUAUUUCAUGCAGGUGUGGUGACCACAUGGAGAUUACAACCAAUAUUCAGAAUCCAGUUUUUUUGUGCCGCGCUCAUUGGAUGGUGAUGGGAGUUUUUUUGUAGCAUGAUAGAGAAAAGAACGUUACUCUCAUCGCAUGAUGAAAGCAAGGUUUUUGUGUUAGCUUUGAAGAAGAUGGCAACUUUAAACUCUAGAGUGGAUUUUGUUAAGGCUUUGCUGCAUUAAACCAAACUUUGAUGUAGGAAAAAAAGGCAAGAUGGACUUUGGAAACUGUAACAAGGCCUUUAUAUGAUUAGUGAGUAAUCAAAAUGACUGUCAUUGUCCUGGACAUUGUAGAAUGUUUUCAUACUGGUAUGUGGUAGCUGUUGAUGAUAAAAGCCUGGAGAAAAGUGUGACAAUUUCUAAGAAUAUCCUUGGGCCUUUCAGUAAUCCAUUUUCUCCAGACAUCAAAAUGCUCUGGCUUUGUGAUAGGCACAGAUUCAAAGCCUGCUUUUCUUAGAAGGGUACUGAGUGCCCCUCAGAACUAGUCUUUUGUCUGCAUUUCCUGGCUUUGCACUGUAACAACCUAAGACAAAUACAGACCCUGGACUAGUAAUUUGAUGGAAAUUAUGCUUAAAGUCUCAAUCUGUUGUCAUAGAAGAAUAGAUCCAGUAUGAGCAUCCGGAUUGUACGCCAUAUUGUGAGAGGCAUUUUUGUGGAAACAAAAGUUGUGCACGACAGUUCUGCUCCAGGGUUCUAGGUAAAUCUGUGUGAAGCAUGGCCUGUUGUAAUACUGUAAGGCAUUAGCAUGAUAAGGCUCUUCAGUUUUACAACAGACAGUAAAUCAGUAAAUGAAAAAAGCAAAAAGGAAAUAUCAUUUAAACCUAAAUAAUAUCAAAAUUUAUUUAUACAGUGUAGUUAAGGCCAGAGUUAGUCAGUUAUACCUCUUGCAGAUUUAGACUUAAUGUUUCUUUUAAUGUUGCCACUAUGUUUCCUCUGACUGGAAGUGACCCAGUAAGUUUCCUGACUUGAAUCUGAUAGAGAAUCUUUAAAGGGAGCUACUGAUUAGGGUAAUGGAAACAAGGUAUUGCAAACUCAAUCCCUUGAAGCUCAUCAUCCAAAAUAAAUCAUAAAAAUACUAAUGGAAACAUGCAAAAAGCUGGCAAAGCUGGUACUGGCAAUUUAAGAUGUUAGUACGUUAUUACUACUGCUGCUACUACUACAAUAGUAUUCCUAAUACUAUUAAGAUACUGAGACCUCUUUUACAAUAUAAAACAAGAAUAGGUUUACAUUUUAAUAUAAAUGAUACAUAAAAAAAUCAAUUAGUUAUUAAUAGAAAAAAAUCUAGAAUGCAUCAAUCAAACCCUUCUUAUAAUGAUCCGCUUUUUGCUUGUUUCCACUGAUAUUUUGACCUAUUACCUGCAGUGAUGAGCCCCCAGUCUACGGUUGGAAGCCCUCCGUCCCAUCACCCCAAUCUUUUGCUCCCUACACAGAAUCUAAAUCAGAUUCCACUUCGUUAAUAUUUCUUCCUCCCAAAAAAGUCAGUCAGUCAGUCAUUUUCUACCGCUUAAUCCAUAGUGGGUCACGGGGGAGCUGGUGCCCAUCUCCGGCAGUCUAUGGGCGAGAGGCGGGGUACACCCUGGACAGGUCACCAGUCCA